AUGCGCACGUGGCCCAAGUAUCUCGGCCGCAUCGCGGGAAGCCGAUUGCGUUUCACCCUGGCGAACUGCAUUGUUCGCGCCCCUUGCCCCCUGACGUUAUCAAUUCGGCCCCUUAUCAUACGCGUAGGCGACCCACGUCCGGACUUCUGCGCUCCCGAUACGCGCCUGUGGGUGCACUCCGCCCCGCUGCACCGUUGCACACUUAGAGCCCGAUUUACACUGGUCAAGUGUUUAGUACAG